UUCUCUACCGAAUUCUGCAUUCAUCGACCCAGAGCCGCGGUCUCGUGCCUUCUCCGCCAUGAUCUCCGCGCCUCCUCUGACGCAAGCCCCGGCGGCUUCAAGCUUCGCUCGGGCCUCCCGCUGCUCCUCCCGAAGGGCGACGGUCCGGUGCGUGGUGACCGUCGCGUCGGCUCCGGUCGGAAGGUGCACGCUGUACGAGGUUCUGGGCCUGCGCGCCGGCGCGACGGGCGGCGAGAUCAAAGCCGCGUACCGGCGCCUUGCGCGGGAGCUACAUCCCGACGUGGCCGGCGCGACCGGCGACGACGACUUCAUCCGGCUCCACCACGCCUACGCCACGCUCUCCGACGCGGACGCCCGCGCGCGCUACGACCGCGACGUCGUCGCCAACGCCUACGCGCAGCCGCCCGCCUCCAGGCCGUCGCCGCACAGCGUCUGGGGACGGCCUCGACGGACCUGGGAGUCCGAUCAGUGCUGGUAGACAUAACCAUGACCGACAGCUUUUUG